AUGGCAGGCUUCCUCUCAUACUUUGGAGCCGUUGUCGCUGCCUCUGCCUUGUUCUUUGUGCUACGAAUAGCGUACCGCCUUACCCUGCACCCGCUUGCAUCGUUCCCGGGCCCAAAGCUUGCGGGAGCAACGUCUCUUUUCCAAGCGUGGUAUGACCUUAGGCCAUCGAGCUCUUAUGUCAAGACCUUCCCAGCGCUGCAUAGGCAAUAUGGUCGGUGGCUUUUUCUUCCUCUCGCAGUCGAUUUGAAACCCAACUUAACCGUGCUUCCAUUGGCAGGCCCUAUUGUGCGAAUACUCCCAAAUCAGCUUCAUGUCCACGACAUAAACGCUUACUAUGAGAUCUUCAAGACAGGCUCGGGCUUCACUCGGUUCAAAGACCAGUACCAUCAGCCUGCCGGGGUUGGAUUCUUCAACAUUCUGGACCCGAAAGUGGCAAAACCCUGGCGCGAUUCAUACAUGCCUUACUUUUCCAAGGGCGCCAUAACACGUCUAGAACCGUUGAUCCAGGAUCGGAUGGACACGUUUCUGCAAAGGUUGGAUGCAGCUGCCAGUGAUGAGAAGCCGGUCGAUCUCAGCAUGGGGUAUAGAAGUCUGACGGGCGAUGUUGUUUCGAGCUACAUGUUUGCGAACAAAGGCGUCGAGACUCUCGAGGUUGAGGACUUCCAGUCGCCCAUGCUCGUCGCCCUCGAGAAGAACAUGGACUUUCUGCAGUACACCAUGUACUGGAACAAUUUCUUCUACUGGUUCGCUGGACAGCUGCGGAAGUUGACAAAAGAGCAGACGGAAAAGUUCUUCGCACCGAUUGCCCAAACGAAUUGGCUUUUGGAGCAACUCAGGAAGAAGCUUGAGGAGAUCAUGACAAAGGGAGGGUCCGGGUCUGGAUUUCCGACCGUCUUUGACUGCUGGGCCGCGCCCAAUGCGAAGAGGACCUUCACUCCGAAUCUUGAUCAAUUGACGGCCGAUGCGUUUCUGUUUUACGGCGCCGGAACCGACACGACUGCUUAUACCCUAACGGUGGGCACAUGGGGGCUGAUUCACCACAGAGAUGCUCUCGCAAAGCUGAGAAAGGAACUGAACGAUGCAUUUCCGGCUUCCAAUGGCCACAAGCUCGUUAGUCCUUCGGCUCUGGAGAACUUACCGUACUUGAGAGCAGUCGUCAAGGAGAGUUUGCGCAUGGGCAUGGGUGUUCCUGGAAGGCUAGGCCGAGUGGUGCCGGCCGGAGGGGUGAAUUUGUGUGGACGGCAUAUUCCAGCUGGAACAAUACUCCAUGCUGCCCAUUACUGCUACCACUUCGACCCCGAGGUGUUUCCAAAUCCAGAUUCUUUCCUACCUGAACGGUGGUUGGGACCCGAUGCAAAUCAGCUCGAAACCAAAAUGAUCGCAUUCUCACGCGGACCGAGAUCGUGUAUUGGCAUCAACCUCGCGUAUGCGGAGCUUUAUCUCAGUUUCGCUUAUGUCUUCCGUAGAUUCGACGUGAAGCCGUACAAGACCACCGAGGAAGAUAUGGAGUGGAAGGAUAAUUUCGUCGUGACCACCAAGGGACACCUCCGGGUGUUGCUGAAGAGGGUUGACGACGACUAA